AUGGCUGAAGUCGUCGGCUUGAUAGCCGCCAGCGGUCAGUUCAUCGAAGAAAGCAUCAAGAUCGUCAAGAUAGCGAAGGCAGCCCGAGACAAAUACCGAGAUGCCCAAACAGAGAUCGAAAACUGGCAGCGGCAGUUCAGCGAAUCAGACUCCCGCCGCCACAAGACCUGGAGAGCCGCCGUUUCCUUGCUGAAGGAAGGAGAAAUUAGAUCCUCGUUCAGCGAGCUCGAACAGCUGAAGUCUUCUUUAAAUCUCCAUAUAGCCAUCAAGGGCCUGAAUGAAAGCCAAAAGAUCUCUCAUACAGCGACAUCGCUAGACGACCUUAUGUCUUUAUUGAAAUCUGGAUCCGGUUCCGAUGAAGAAAGUUGCCUCCGAGCCCUGUUUAUCACAGAUUCUCGAAGUGACCGCGAUGGUCUCAUCACCAUUAAAGGGCACAGGACCCCCGGCACCUUCGAGUGGAUUCCACAAACCAAACAGUUUCUCGACUGGAAUACAUCUGAGAAGGGCCUUCUUUGGAUAUCAGGCGCUCCCGGGAAAGGGAAAACCGUCAUCUCCAUCUUCCUUUCCGAGCUCUUGGAGGCGACGAAGCGCACCGUCAUUUAUUUCUUCUGCGAUAACAAAACGGCUUCUCGGAAUAGCGCGGUCAACAUCAUCCGUGGUUUGAUGAGUCAACUGAUUCAACUUCGCCGCGAGCUACUGUCUUGCCUCCUGCCCACAUGGAAGACACAGCAAGAUGGUCUUUUCCAGUCCUUUGAGACCCUAUGGAGGAUCUUCCAUCAUAUGCUAGACGCUCUGAAAGGCGAGGAGGUUUGCUGCGUAUUGGAUGCUCUAGAUGAGUGCGAUGAAAAGUCACUUACAUCACUUCUACGCAAAGUCACAGACUCGUACAACAGCCCUACUGGAAUGCCCCUGAAGCUCAUUAUCGCGAGCCGCGAGGAACCGAAAGGACUACCACAAGCCCUUGCGAGAUAUCCACGAAUCACCCUUGGGCAUAUCGACGAAGACAUCCGACUCUACAUCUCGCAGAAGGUUUCAUAUCUUGCUAAGAUCAAGAUGAUUCAUGGUUCUCCUCUUCACGACCACAUCGAAAAGGCAUUUCGAGAAGGCGCCGAAGGCACCUUUCUAUGGGUCAGCUAUAUGGCUCACGAUCUGGAGACGAUGUCACUGCGCCAAAUCGAGCUUGCUCUUACAAAACUCCCACGAGGCCUCCAAGAGAUUUACGAGAGAAUCAUGUCGCAUAUCAAUGUCGAAAAUCGCGACAAGAUUGCUGACAUGCUGAUGUGGAUACUGUUUGCUCAGCGUCCACUGGAGAUAUCCGAUAUUUGCGAAGCCAUUCAAAUUGAAGCAAGUCAGACUCUGACAAAACAGGAGGUCUGCCUCGACUACGUCAGAUCAUGCGGACACUUACUCCAAGUUGUGGUAUUUGAUCCAGACUCUGACACCUUUGUUCCUUACUUGCAUUCCGAUAAAACUACAGAUACCAUGUCGGAGUUACACUUACGCACCACUUUCGUCCACCAAAGCGCCAAAGACUUCCUGCUCGGGACAGAUGAGGAACGAAUAUCACUACCGAUCACUACGCGCAUCAGUCAAGCGCAUAUGAGGAUUUUAGAUCGCACCAUCGCAGUUUUAGAGUCUCAUUCUCGCGAUGUAAAACCUUCUGCUCACGAGUGGUGCAAUCGUUUUCCUCUGUUUGCAUACGCUGUGGAUUCCUUGAUAUAUCACAUCAGCCAGGUAGGAAAUGACAUCAAACUGCUGGUGGCGAAACAUGAGACUUUCUUUGAUAACGUAUCGAAGACCCGUGAUGGCUGGGCUGCUCACAAAGGAGUACCGAUUUCUGAUUCAUUACCGCUUUUGCACUUCGCUUGUCGGUACAGGCUAUACUCGUUGGCGAAAGUAUGUCUUCGAAGGAAAGACGUAUCAUCACUGCUAGGGCAUCAACGAAAGAUCAACCAACAAGGGGGCAUAGGCCGAAAAACACCGCUACACAUCGCUGUGGAGCAAGGCUCAACCGAUAUCAUUCAGCUCUUGCUGAGCUGUGGAGCUGAUGUUGCUAGCGAGGAUCAUAUGCGAGAAACGCCACUGCAUUAUGCCCUUAGAUAUCCUUCCACUGCCGAGAUAUAUCGACUACUAGCAGAUUGGAACACAAGCAGAAAGGUAUACCGAAAAGACGCUAAACAUUACAUCAAGAAUAACGACAUUCCCUAUUCUAGAUCGCUGCUCCACCUCGCUGCUCAACAGGGGUGGGAGGAUAUAUGCCAGGAGCUCAUUCAACAGAAGAACUACAGCGUCGAGUUAAGAGAUUGUUAUGGUGAUAAGUUAAUUCACAUAGCACUGAAAUGUGGCCUAUUUGACCUUGCUAAGCGAUCUGUAACAGAGUGGGGUGCUCGACUGACACCUCAAAUCCAGCUACUCGAAGCACUAUUGGAAACCAUUGGGGAUGUGGCAGACAAUGCAGGAAUGUGGGGAGAGGCUAUGGAGAUAUACAUCAACCACUGGGGUUGCGACAUCAACACAACUGACGUAGGAGGAUGUACGAUCUUUCAUGCCAAGCUGUUCGAUUUCGUUGCUUUGCAGGCAGUACUCAAUACCGGCUUAUCAAUCAAGUCAAUCAACUUUGACCAACUCAACACCCGGAAUCAGACCUUCCUCCACUCUGGUUGGUAUUGGGUUCAGGAUUCCCGUCUUCUGAAGACCUUUCUAUUGCAGUCGCAAUUCGACGUCAACACACGAGAUUACAAAGGGUGCACCCCGCUACAUUGCGCGAUCAUGUAUCGCGGCGAAAAGCUACUACAGUUCACUGAUGAUGAUUGGCGGGAUGUGCAGUUACUCCUUGAUUUCGGGGCUGACCGUUCCUUGAGAGAUGAUAAGGGACGAACGGCCGCAGAUGUUCUCAUCGAAUUAUGGGAUCCCAAGCCACGCCGUGGUGAUCCUGCACUUGACCUUCUUAUGAAUUAUUCAACAGUUGCGAUCAACGUACGAGAGGUCGAAUUGGUAUUGGAUGGAAGCGAUUGGCCUUCAGCGGGUAAAUGGACGGCGGUAUCGACUGGUAAUGUUCUCUCAGGCUCAAGAGGACAAGGUAAAAAAGUCAAAGUCUCUGCUUAG